AUGACAAUUAUCCCUAUUGUUCAGAUUUCUUCUACUCCAGCCGACAGGUAUAUUCCUGAUGGAAAUGGCGGGGAACACAUCGGAGGUGGGCAGAUUGUAGGAGGAUUAGGAUUAGGUAGUAUCAUUGGUGGAGGAAGUCAGUGGUCUCAUCAUAAACAAUGGUCUAGUUCCUGGCAGUCAGGAAGCCACAGUAGCAUCGGAGGACGAAUUAUCGGAGGGGGUCAUAGAGGGAUCAUAGGUGGAGGUCAAGGAGGAAUCAUAGGAGGAGGUCAAGGUGGGAUAAUAGGAACGGGUCAAGGAGGAAUCAUUGGAGAAGGUCAAGGUGGAAUUAUUAAACAAAAGGGAUGCGGACCAUACGGAUGUGGACAUUACAGGCGAAAAUAA